AGGGCGCAUCAAUAAAUACGGAUGUUGGAUAGGCUAUCGUUGGCGAGAGGAUUUUCCGGAAAGGCAUUAGAGAACUAUCUGCUGAGAUUCCAGUUUCAAAACGCAAAAACUGAUGACCUGUGGGAAGAGCUGGGCGCUGCAGCCGGCAUAGACGUAAAAUAUAUCAUGGACACGUGGACACUGCAGAUGGGCUACCCGGUCGUUCACGUCUCGCGAGAUCCCGCGGAUCCUAGCCGUGGCGUGGCGCGCCAGGGGAGAUUCCUACUUAGCCCAGACUCGGACACAGCCGACGAUAAAUUCACUUCACCCUACAACUAUACAUGGUUUGUGCCGCUAGACUACAUUACAUCCAGCUCUCCAACCACGGCCACGCAAAUCUACAUGAACCUGACCACGGAAAUAAUCUUCUCCUGGCCGACACUGACUGGAUCAAGUUCAAUCAGAGGUUUCUCGGAUACUAUAUAGUAAACUACGAUCGAUACAGAAUGGCU